AUGGGAAAGAAAAAUCGCACGUUCACUAGCGGCUGGGCGCCACCCGGUGGAUGGAAAGGUGAUAUUGGAGAAGGAUUGGAGAACAUGGCUCUCCCAGAUCCCAUCACCUGCGCUCUUUGCGAAAGAGAUCUGCCAAAAACGAGCUACAGUGCCUCUGCACUACGACGUCUCCACUUGGAAGUCCGCCGCAAUGGACUUAAUGCGUUGGACAACCAGCAAGUUGCUCGGUGCGAGGGUUGCGGUACCCAGUCACGCCCCGAACUUCAAUGCAUGUCUUGCAACAAGGUCCGGCCAAUUGACGACUUUGCUCAUACCCAGCGCCAGUAUGAUCAGCCGGACGAUUUGCAGCUCGAUGAGCGAGACAAGGGUUCCACUGGACAAGUCUCGCGGGAUAUGGGCAAGUCGAACAUGGAGCAGAGAGAGAAUCCUGGAUCCGCCGUUGCGUUCACCGAGACUAGCAGCAUGGCUGAUCAUGGAAUGUCAAAGGAAUCUAGCACGGAGGAGGAGGAUGAUAAAUCAAAGUCGAUGAAUCGAUAUGACUUGAUGAGAGCAGAGCAGGCAUGA